UUAUAUUAAUUUUCAUUUGGUUAUUUUUAUUCUUAAAACCCAAUUUCGUUUAGAGUUUUAAUUGUGUCUUUCUUGUUUCUUUAUUUGGUAUUAAACAGAUUAAUAUAAAGAUGGUGAGGCCUUCUUCUUGUGACAAGCCCAACUUGAAAAGGGGUCUUUGGUCUGAAGAGGAAGAUGCAAGAAUGCUUGAAUAUGUAUCUAAACAUGGGAAAGCCAAAUGGAUCUCUGUGCCAAAAGGAGCAGGACUGAGAAGAUGUGGGAAGAGUUGUAGACUUAGAUGGAAUAAUCAUCUGAGGCCUGAUCUCAACCAUGAGAGCUUCACACCUAAAGAAGAAGAACUCAUUGUGAAGCUUCAUGCCGCCAUUGGAAGCAGAUGGUCUAUGAUAGCUCAACAACUUCCAGGAAGAACAGACAAUGAUGUGAAGAACUACUGGAACACUAAGCUGAGAAAGAAGCUCUCUGAAAUGGGGAUUGACCCAGUGACUCACAAGCCCUUCUCUCAAAUCAUAGCUGACUAUGGAAACGUGGGUGGCCUUCCAAAGAACGGCAUGAGAAUCGGUUCCCUCAACAAAGACCUAAAGAAUGCAAUCCUUAUGAAGAUGGAGCCAAAAGGGUCACUGCCAAAUACCACCAACACCAGACAUUUCAUGCCAAUAUUGCCAACUCAAGCAACAACAAUAAUGACUAAUAUUGCACCGAAAACAGAACCAACCCUAGACAUCUUUCUAUCAAACGACAAAAAUAUUCUGUCAAACGACAAGUCGUCACUCGAUCUUCUUUCCCAGCUUCAAUCAAUAAAGUUGGUCACAGAAGUUCCAAACUACAAACCCAAUUGUGAAUCUUCAUUGCCUAGUUUCUACCCAGAGGCUACAUUUUCACCCUCAUCUUCAUCUUCUUCUUCUUCUUCAUCUUCAUCAUCUAGCACCCAAGAGAUGUCACCUCUAGCCUUCAAUUGGAAUGACUUUCUUCUUGAAGAUGCAUUUUUGCCAAAUGAAGCUCAAGAACACGAGACAUCAAUGGCUGAGUUGAUUUCUUCUUCACAGAAUCUAAGCCAAAAUCAGAGUGAAGGAUCUAAUGAUAUGGAUAAUAGUUCAUUUGUGGAAGCCUUGUUAGCUCGAGAGAAUGAGAUGUUGCUUGAUGAGUUUCCUGAAUUUUUAGCUGAAUCGUUUACUAGCUAGUAGGAGUUUUCUUUUCUUUCUUUUUUUUUUUUAAAGAAAAAAAUACAUAUAUUUAUAUAAGUUGGUGACUAAAUGUCUAUUGCAAUCUGUUGAGAAUAAAGAAAAGGAAGGAUUUAUAUGAGCUAUGUUUUGAAUAUUGUCCUUAGGAUUUUAA